CGGGGUUGUGUGGGAUAUACAUACUUUCGUUGCACUUGCUUGGUGAAUUCGGGCCGGCUGCGUCGGGAUCCGCGUGACAAUCACUCUGUCACCCAUUUGUUUUUCAAAUCCCGACUUUGCUCCCGACAGUCAUGAACGUGCACCCAUCUACCCCAGCCCUUACUUCUCUACUUUCCAAGUACCCAAAGACUUCUGGCAGCCUGUUCUUGGUCUAUAAUGAUGUAGUCCAUGACGUUGAAUCGGUGGAUCUCGGAGAGCAGUGCCCUAGAGGCGCAAUCAAGGGUCGCAGACCAAAUACUGAAUCAAAUGAGCCCGUCUACAUCGUUCCCUGUUCUUUGGCCGAAACCGUGUCCUAUGCAUGGCUGCAAUCCGCUUUCAAAUCACUUUCAGAUCCAUCUGAAAUCUAUCUGGGAAUAACUGCAGAUGACUCUUCAAUAGUGUACUACAAGAUUAGUUCCGGUAUCGUCAAGCCACCAGUCUAGUACAUCCGGAGUAGAGAGGGAAUACCUCCUUUGGACCUUCAGAUACGACACCCUAGGACACAGUCUCGGAAAACGACAGGAGAUUGAACGUGUAGAAUCCGCGGAAAUAUAAGCCGUAUUAUCAUGUAGCACUUGGUCAGCAACAAUGU